UUUAAAACAAAUUAGUGAAAUAAUUUAAAAAUUACUUGACUCCCAAACAAUAAAUUGUGGAUUAAAAAAGGAUAUCGGAAAUCGAUCAAAUUUUUUGUUACUAAAACUACGACAAAACUAGUAACAAGAUGGUAUGCGGCGUAUCUUGCGUGGAUAAAACUUUGAAUAAGUCAUUCUAUCAUUUGGGUAUUAUCAUUGCAAAACAUCCAGGAUAUUUUAUAAUUGUGCCAGUCUUGCUGUCCUUAUUAUGUAUAACAGGUUUCCAGCAGUUAAAAUACCAAAUCGAUCCUGAAUAUUUAUUUUCACCAGUCAAUGGAGAGGGAAAGGCUGAACGUGCAAUCGUUGAACAAUAUUUUAAAGUUAAUUACACACACCGUUUCAAUGUUGGGCGUAUUACUAGACCCGGACGUUUUGGACGUGUUAUUGUCAUACCAAAAGAUGGAAACGAUAAUAUGAUACGACGUGAGAUAUUUAAGGAGUUGCGACAACUGGACGAUAUAAUACAAAACGCCACAGUUCAUUUUGAAGGUGAUGCCUUCACGUACAAAGAUGCUUGUGCACGUUGGGAGAAUGAAUGCUUCUCAAACGAUAUCUUAAAUUUGGAUUUUAUCAUGGAUGAUAUUGAAUCUGGUGAAUUGAAUUUAACAUUUCCAUUAAUGUUCAAUCCAGUCACUUGGGAUGCGCAUGCGUUCCCGGUAUUCUUUGGUGGCACGAAAUUGACUGAAGAUAAUAUUAUCAUAAGUGUACCAGCCAUACAGUUGGUGUACUUUGUGGCAGCUGAUACAAAGCGGCAAGAUGCAAAAGGUGCCGAAUGGGAGGAGACUUUCUUGACUGUGGUUGGUAAAGCUGAAGACUCGGGCAUGUUUAAGCAUAUAUCAGUAGCAUAUUUUGCGUCACGUACUUUAGAUCACGAAUUAGAGAAAAAUACAAAAACCGUAGUACCAUAUUUUGGUUCAACAUUUAUUCUGAUAUCCUUCUUCAGUAUACUUACUUGCAUGAUGGGUGAUGCAGUACGUUCAAAGCCCUGGUUAGGUAUGAUGGGUAAUAUUUCAGCUGUAAUGUCAACCUGUGCUGCAUUUGGAUUUGCUAUGUAUUUGGGAAUUGAAUUUAUUGGAAUUAAUUUAGCUGCACCAUUUCUUAUAAUAAACGUUGCCAUUGAUGACACCUUCGUUAUGUUGGCCGCUUGGCGUCGCACACCAGCGAAGAUGCCGGUCGCUGAGCGCAUGGGCCAUAUGAUGUCUGAAGCUGCUGUUUCCAUAACAAUCACAUCAUUAACCGAUAUGAUUUCCUUCUCUAUUGGCAUCAUAAGUCCAUUCCGUUCCGUGCAGAUUUUCUGUACAUACUGUGGCUUUGCUGUCUGCUUCACUUUCCUAUGGCAUUGUACUUUCUUCGCUGCUUGCAUGGCCAUUUCUGGCUACCGCGAACACAGAAAUUUACAUGCAAUCUUCGGUUGCAAGGUCCAAGCCUUAUCUGUCGCUAUAAAAGAAAAACGCAAUUUUCUGUACAAAGCCAUAAUGGCUGGUGGCAUUAACCAUGAUGAUCCAGACAAUCCAAUCGAUAACAAGGAUCACAUGUUCAUGGCCUUCUUCAAAGACAAUCUUGCUUCAGUCAUCAACAACAAAUGGUGCAAAAUGCUGAUAAUACUUAUAUUUGCGGCAUACUUAGGCGGUGCUUGUUAUGGGAUUACACAAAUCAAAGAAGGUUUGGAGCGCAGAAAACUAUCAUCUGCAGAUUCAUAUUCUGUAGAGUUUUUUGACCGAGAGGAUGAUUACUAUCGCGAAUUUCCCUAUAGAAUGCAAGUUAUAAUUACUGGUGACUUGAAUUACUCCGAUCCAAUGGUACAAUAUCAAAUUGAGGAAUUAACACGAAACUUGGAAAACACCUCAUAUGUUUUUUCUUCACUCUACACUGAAUCCUGGAUACGCUCAUUUUUAUCUUUUGUGGAUCGCAAUAAUGACUAUCUCAACUUAACCAUAGAAAGUGAACAAGAUUUUAUAGAUGCCGUCAAAGAGCAUUGGCUGUUUCCUGGUAAUCCAUUUUCGUUAGACGUUAAAUUUAAUGAAAACGAUACACGCAUCAUAGCAUCACGUUUUCUUAUACAAGCAGUCAACAUAACCGAUACAAAUCAUGAAAAAGAAAUGGUACGCGACUUGCGUAAGAUAUGCAAGGACUCACCGCUUAAUGCAUCUAUUUUCCAUCCCUACUUCGUUUUCUUCGAUCAAUUUGAAUUAGUGCGACCAACCUCACUACAAGCAAUGAUUAUAGGUGCAAUUAUUAUGAUGAUUAUAUCAUAUAUAUUCAUACCAAACAUUCUAUGCUCACUUUGGGUGGCCUUUUCUGUUAUAUCCAUUGAAUUGGGUGUAGCUGGUUAUAUGGCAUUAUGGGAUGUCAAUCUAGACUCCAUCUCAAUGAUUAAUCUUAUUAUGUGUAUUGGUUUCUCGGUUGAUUUUACAGCACAUAUUUGUUAUGCUUAUAUGUCAUCGAAAAAGAAGAGUCCAAAAGCGCGUAUACGUGAAUCACUACACUCACUUGGCUUACCAAUUGUUCAAGGUUCAAGUUCCACAAUACUUGGCAUCAUUGCAUUGCUUUUGGCACAAAGUUAUAUAUUCCUUGUAUUCUUCAAAAUGGUGUUUCUAGUAAUAUUCUUUGGCGCUAUGCAUGGUCUAUUCCUGUUGCCAGUGCUACUCUCACUUUUUGGACCAGGUUCAUUACAAACUUGGAAGGGUACUGAUAAUGGAGCUGAAGAUGAAUUUGAAGAUGUUGAAACUGAUAUGAAAAUGUCCAAAAUGGAAAAACCAUUUGCUAAUGCAUACUACAUGCAGUAUCCAACAAUGGGUAUUAAUGGUCCUUAUGGCUCGAAAGGUUUUUUAGGUGCACCGUACAAGGCGUACGGUGAUGAAAAGGAUUUAGGUUUGGGUACGUCUGGUGAAGAUUCAUCCGAAAGUAGUUCGAAUCGUUCACAACAACGUCAAGCAAUGGAAUACGAAAACACACGAAGGCAAUAUGAAGAAGGUUGGCGACGUUCUUCAUAUCAUAAUCUUUACAAUAAUACUCAGUCACAAUUUCAACCACAUCCAGACCUAUAUGGACAACAAGUAACAGCACAAGAAUGGCGUGAAAGAUUAGAUGAAUAUCAACAGAAACAAACUAAACAACAACAGCAACAGCAGCAGCAACAGCAACAACGUCGAAAUGGCUAUGAUAACGAGGUAAUGCAUAUGCAACGUCGUCGUACCUCACAUGGUGAUAUUCUGGAUGGUGUUGUUGGUCAAUACACACCGACAUCAUCAAUGGAUGAACGUAUACGACGUAAAUACCGACAAAAUGGUAAUAAUAGUGAUGACAAUAGUUUUCAUCAACGCAUCAAUGCCGCACCUUUAGCCACAUCAUCAAAACGUUAUCAUCGUCGUCGCUCUUCCGAGGACUCAACGCGGUACUAUCAACGUUGGCAAGCUGCGAAUAUGGAAGAUAGACGCGGUAGACAAUAUCCACCAGCAGCACAUGAUUCAAAUAUGUAUCGUCCACACCUGCCAAUACGUUCCUCAUCACAUCACAAUCUUUAUUAUCCGGCGCAACAACCGCUGUCAUAUAAAUUCGAUGGACGGUACUAUUAAUAGUGAUAUAUAAUAGUGAUUUCUUAUAUACUCGUACGCUCUGCUGAAACCACAAAUUAGUUUAUUUUUACAUUGAAAUUGAAAUUAAAAAAAAAACAUUUAUGAUUAUAUU